CACAGGAUUACCACACACGCAUCAAUGUAUACAUGGCGAUAUUACAUGGUCGGACCACGCCCCAGUGAUACUGACACUCACUGACGCAUUCACAUACAAAGGCAAAGGCUCAUGGAGACUAAACAACUCACUGCUCCACGAUCGAGACUUCACUCUCACACUAGAACAAGAACUUAAACAUUACUUCACUAUUAACAAGGACCCCCAGAUCACGGCCCCGACCCUGUGGCAAGCACACAAAUCAGUCAUGCGAGGACUGAUGAUCCGCAGAGCAUCAUAUCUCAAUAAGCAAAGGCGAGCAACACUUAUGAAACUGCUCAUACAGCUAAGAGAUACCACCCAAACAUAUCACCAAACAAAACAACAGGAUCUCCUACCGGAAAUCCAAAACAUCACCACCAAAAUUAAUGACCACCAAUUCCAAAAAACGGCAUACAUUCUGAAAAAAUUUAAGAUGAACCACUAUGCGAAAGGGAACAAAGCUAGCAAAUUGUUGGCCAACAUGCUACGCAAAAAGCAAUCUAAUGCUAAGAUUCCAUACAUUCUCUCAAAAG